AUGCAGGCAAGUUCACAGGUUUUAAGUUUUGUAAACAACCCCAACGAGGAUGAACUGAGGCUACGGUCUCUUUGCUUCCCGGAAUCAUACGAUGCAAACAGUACUGCGCCAUCGGUGAAUUCGUACCUUCGGCGGAUUUACGGUGACAGCGUAUCUUCAUCCAACAAUAACAAUAGCAGAAGCGGGAACAAGAACAGAGAUAGAUCUUGUUCCAACAUGUUCAGCGACACCAUGUCCACUACGACCACAGAGUUUGAGGAGAGGAAAGUGCUUCUGGACAGGCUAAACGCGUACUCAUUUAAGAACGCGACAAAGGAUACUCUAAAAUCCGAGGACGUUCAGCAGAGUGGGAACACCACAUCUGAAGAAGACGAUUAUGCUGUCGAUGACGAGGAGGAAGACGACGACGACGAUGAGAAGGAUAUGUGUCCAAGAACUCCUUCACCAAUAAGUGACGAAGGCGAGGGCGACGGUAAAUACAGUCUUGGGAAAAGCCCUCGUGGGAGUAUGUUCAUCUCAUCGAUGUCCGCGUACAACAACCCUGCAAGCGCAAAGAGGAAACCUUCGCAGAGAAGAAGUAAGCCUAUUUCCUUGACGAAGGCGUUUGGCGGGUUGUACAUCAACAGUAACCCAACCGAGGGUAACAACAACAAUAACAAUAACGGCAGCAACAGCAACACUCCGUUGUCUGCUAGGUCGCCUUCUGCGUUGAAAUUUGAUAUGUACAUGGGCAAUGAGUUUGAUAAGGAUGAUGACGAGUCCGUGAUAAGCCCCAUGAGCUUCGGAAACAAUAUGUCGCCCUUGUUCACUAUGAACGGCACAAGUGACCAAAUCCAAAGAAACCAAUCUGGCCAGUUUGACAGCUUGAAGCAGUUCGUGGCAAUGAAUAAUUUGAAUACAAGAGGCAAGAGUUUCACACAUAGGCCAAGUGUAUCAAAGAUGUGCCGUGAUUCCAACUUGAACUGA